AUGACAGUCGACGUCACCUGCCCUGAUGUACACACUGUGUGGCAUGCUUACGGUGCUGCAGAAGCAAAUGCCACACCGUCAUCGCGUACGCUGCACUCAUCGACAGAUCGUAAGAAGACAAACCUUGAACGCGGUGGCAUGAACGCUAGUGAUCUGUCGCCUUUGGUUGGCACUAAAGCGUGCUCUAUGAUUUCAUACGCUACGAUAGUCUAG